GAUAGUCAGCGCUGAAAGAACGAUCGAGAGCACGUGCUUAGAUACAGUGACUGCAAAAAUGAAUAUGAAUAUUGAUACGGAAAGGCUUAUAACUGAGGUACGCCUUCGUCCAUCACUGUGGGAUUUGUGUUGUCCAUUGUACAAAGACCGGGAUGCCAGAAUAAAAGCUUGGCAAGAAGUAUGCCAGGAACUAAUUCCGAAUUUUAACGAUCAACCCGACAGCGAGAAAAAGACUACAGAAAAACAAGUGCAGCAGAGGUGGAAAACUGCACGAGACGCCUAUACGAGAUGCAAGGCUGCAUUAAACAACAUACCGUCUGGAUCUGGAGGUGUGAGAAAAAAGAAAUAUGUUUAUUUUGAGUUUAUGAAAUUUCUAGAUAAAACACAACAACUGAAUACCGAGGAUUCAAUUUUGAAGAAUACAUACGCAAAAUGAAACUGCUCGAAG